AGUCACGUGAGUAGUAAGCUUCACGUGGUAGAUUGUUGUGUCUAAAGCCUACUUAGCCUAGGGACUUGAGCUCUUCCAGCAGAGUACAAGCCGAGGUACAAGCUAAUGCUAAUGGCUGGCCUUUUUGCUUGCAGACUCUGGAAAGAAGUCGUCUAUCCCAAGAGAGAAAUGUACCCAAUUUUCGAAGAGUGUGAUGUUCACAGCCCUUUGCUUGAGCCCCAGUCUCUCAUCAUGACUACCAAGGACUUCUUUGAUUCCCCAGAGAAUGAAGGAGAAGGAGAAUAUGUUACUAGAGGAGAUGAAAGUCGGUUCCCAUACGACUCAUUUGAUGAAUGUGAUGAGGAAGAAGACGAAGGUGAUUAUACUGGAGUUGAUGAGAUGGAAACAAGAAAAUUGAAACUUGGUCAGUUUGCUAGUAAAUAUUAUCCUCCUCCUCCUUCAUCAAAACCUCCUCGACUACCUCUCUCCAGCGAGAGGAGCAGUCCUUCAUUGCCAGCUGAAGGUACGAUUGUUAUGAAAGGACAGCUAACAGCUGGUAGAGAGAACUCAAGACUGCCUAUACCUGGUUCAAAGGCUACUGCCACUCGCUCUUCUCCUAAUAAAGUCUCGCCUACGUCAGCCUCAACCACACCCACCUCCUCCUCGUCAGAGUCUGGCAAUACGCCUGUAGUCACCCCAACCAGAGACCUAGUUGAGGGUUCUUCUAACAAAGUCUCUCAUUUUAAAAACUCGUCCAGCAGUUCAAGACGCUCUCCUUCAGCGUCUCAGCCAACCAUACCAAGUCACUUAGAGGCUGGUGACAGCUUAGGGGGAGUGCCCCCACCUGGUAUCCUCCUCUCUCCUCAGUUAAGGAGAACUCCCAGAUCAACCGGUCUAGGAUUGAGAGCUUCUUAUUCCUCUCCUACCUCUUCUGUUGUUCCUUCUGGUAAGCCGUUAUAUCGUAGUGAUUCGCUACAGUCUUUCUCGACGAAGAGGGUUUCUCCUGGUCGUCAAGGUUUUCUUCAGAGUAAGGUGCCCUCCGUGGCUUCGAGGAUACUACAAUUUGAACCGUCUAAUUCACCUAGUUCAUCUCGUAGUAAUAAUGGAGGAGUGAGUGUGGCUAAUAAUAAUGGAGUGGGUGUGGCUAAUAAUAACGGUAAUAAUGGAGUAACUGCUAAUAGUAAUAACGGUGUGGCUAAUAAUGGGGUAGGUGUGGCUAGUAGCUCGUCUGGAGGUGUGGCCCCUCCUGCUGCUCCUGGCGGUGGAGGCUCUAGUGAAUCUAAAACUGAGACCACCUCUUUGGUAUCAGACUUGAAGCAAUCAACAGAAAGCAAGGCUGUUCCUUCAAUUGAUGAGACAGACCACCAUCAGCUGGUACCCCACUCUACUGUCCCUCCUUCUCUUCCUAAUACUGACCACCAUCACCAGCAGCAACAGGCCAUCAUGUCAAUGAGUGGCUCUACAACCUCUUCAAUGGAGGAGCUUUCCCUGUACAAUCAUGAACACUUUUCUUCCUCUUCUUCCUCCUCCUCCUCAUCCUCCUCAAACUCCUCUCAGCGUCACUCUAGGCCCGAGGCUGUUGUUCCUCCUCACAAACACACAGCACCUCCUGGACCUACUUAUCCAAUGGGGGGUGGUCCUUACUCUCACCAUCCUAUGAUCUAUACACGUGGCUCCACUGCUUACCAACCUCCCCAACCUGUACCCUCUACUUACACUAUGGGAUAUCCUCCUAAUUCUACUUAUGGGAGUUCAUUAGAUUUAUUAAAACCGUCUCCUUCAGGCGGUGGUGGAGGGGGAGGACAGAAGCAACCUCUAGGGCUAGCCACAGCCACGUUGGCUUUGGCUCAUAAUUCAGCAGCUAAUGGAGAUGUCGUGACUUUACGUAAAUUAUUAUCAUCAGGUGAAGUUGAUCCUCUCUCUAGAGAUGAGUAUGGCUCUACACUGUUACACACAGCUGCUACCUAUGGACAGCUCUCUUCCCUUCAGCUUCUUUCUAAAGAUAUAUCCACCUCAGCACUUCUACUCGCUGACAAUAACUUCCUCACUCCUCCUCUGCUAGCUAUUCAGAAUGGUCAUGUUGAUUGUCUAAAGUAUCUCGUUGAGGAACUAGGCACUCCCCUCUCUGUACCUGAUGCUGGAGGAGAAACACUCCUUCAUCAUGCCGCCUUUCACGGACAGACAAAGUGUCUCGAGUUUCUCAUUCACAGAAAGAAAAAAUCCUCAGAGUCUGUUGGUUUUGUUGAUGACAGUGGAGUGUCUCCGGCUCAUUUUGCAGCUCAAAGAGGACACCUUGACUGCCUUAGGUUGAUGAUUAAUUACGGUCUUGAUGUCACAGCCCCCGACCGCGAGAACAUGAAGCCAGCUGACUGGGCUGACGCCACAGGCCAGCACUCUUGCACUCAUUACCUCCUAAUGGUUGAGCUCUGCUGGCAGCUCUCACGAGACGUCUCCAUCUUAACAAGAGAUAUUGAAAUGCUUCGUCAUGAGAACAACCAGCUCCACGAGUUAUUGGAUCUGAGAGAUAAAGAGCAUCACACGGCCAUAGCCAAACUCUAUCAGCAACACCAGGACACCAUCCAAAAGUUUCACGAGCAAUAUGCCGGUAUUACAGUUUCUGCUUUAUUGAGAGGAGAGGAAGCCACGCCUCCCCUCCUUCUCCCUCCCACUACGACCGCCAGUGGUGGAGUAAUGAAUAAAAUUGGUUCAAGUCCUGUUCAUAAGACGAGCUUAUCUAGCAAAGGAGGUGGAGGUAAGGGAACUGAAGGAGCUAAGGAAAAGAAAAGAGUAAAGAUUGUACCAGAGCCAUUGACAAUUGAAGAAAUAGAGCCACAUGAAGUGUUGAAGAGAGAGCUAAGUAAUGUUGAACAGCGUUUGCAUGCGAGUCGUGAGAAGAGAAAACUCCACCCGGUAAUGGCUACAAGAUCAUUCUCACCUCUAUCUCCAAUUGUGAAACGGAUGAACAGUGUCGAGAAAGAAGACGACAAGAAUAAUGCAAAUAAUAAUGACAAAGACAACAAAACUGAAUUAUCAGCAUUUCUGUUUGAAGGUGUUCAAGACUCUCCUCCAGAAGAUGCUAAAAGGAACAUCCAACCUUUUAACCCUCAUACAAAUGACUCACAUUCUCACUAUCAUCACACGGCACCUUCCACUAGUCAUCAUCAUUAUCCAGAGCAUCGUAGAUCUCUUGACAAUAGCAACAUAAGACUAACGUCGCAAAGGUCGCCCCCACAGGAUCGACAGUCCCUCCCUCCUCAAAGAUCACCUCCUCAGGAACCAAUCUCUCAUCAAUGGUCACCUCCUCAGGACGUUACGUCUCGUUCGGCCCCGCCCUCUCAACGAUCGCCCCCUCAAGAUUCCUCCUCCUCCUCAUCACGGUCACAGAAAUCCCCUUCGCAUAGAUCUCCACCGCAGGACGAAGUCUUGCAUUACCAGUAUCGUGUGUCUAUGAAUAAAGAAACGGAAUUACCGCUAACAUCUUCUUACUCUAUGAACGAUUUUACUCACGCCGGUUAUAAGUAUGCCCCGUCUGCUUUACAGCAGUAUAAAUCGCCUCUCUCUUCCGGCAAGGCUAAUAGCUACACUGUACAUCAUCACCAGCACUCAUCUCAUCCUCCACAGCAGCAGUCCUCUUCGGGGAACCCUUCGUCUUCAAAACAUAAGCUCAAAGGUCAGGACAUGUACGGGUUGCAUUCUAACAAGACUCCGACCCAUUCUUCAAAGUCUCAGACUCAUCCCAGCAAGUCUCAUUCUCAUGCCGGCAGCUCUGGGUUGUCUAAACUUCAGUCUGUGAGGAGCUAUUCGACGAAAGAGGCAGUUCAUAGAGGAGGAGGAGAGGGUCAUCCUCUCUCUGUCAGUCAUUCCAGUCCACAGCAUAAAACUAAAUAUAGUUGAGUUAAAAAUAGUAACAGCAUAGCUUUAAUAAUAAUAAUAAUAAUAAUAGGAAUUAAACAUAUUACUGUACAACUGAUUGUAUAAUAAUAAUAAUAGCUAUUAUUACUAUAUUAAUUUAUUAAUCAGUCAUUAAAUUAAUAAUGUUAAA